CAUCUGUCAACAAGAAACGUGUGUGCCUAUCGUGUGAGAGUUUGUUUUUAUUCCGAAACAUUUUAAUCGUACAAAAUGAAGAAUAAAAAUAAGUUGGACGGGUCAGCCGACGAUGGAAACAGUCAAAGUGAUGGAAUUUGGCAGGAUCAACGAUUCGCCCAUUUAGUGAGUGAUCCGCGAUUCAAGCACAUUCAUAAAUCAACGAAAAAGGUUAAAAUCGACAAGCGCUUCGAGUCUAUGUUCAAGGAUGACAAAUUUAAAUUGAAAUAUACGGUCGACAAGUACGGUCGACGCCAGUCCAAAUCAAAAACGGGAUCGGAAGACUUGAAGAAAUACUAUGACCUCAGUUCUGACGAGGAGGAUGUUGAGGCAGAGCAAAAGCGCGAAGAAGAAGAAAUUGCUAAAGAUGAGGACCACAAGAGUUUGAGUAAAAAUGAUGAACUUCAGUGCGAUGUAACGCUGCCUGUGGCGUUGAAGGACAAAUUAAAGGAUUUGAGUGUUGAUUACGCUCGUGGACAGGCCGAUCUAUGGUCAGACGAUUCCAGUGAUGAUGAAUCGAGUGAUGAAGAUGAAGAACUAUUUAUCGAACAUGUCUGGGGUGAAAUGGAUGCAGAAGCUCCAACGACGGAAGAUUCCACCCGCAGAUUGGCUGCUUGUAAUAUGGAUUGGGAUCGAAUUCGUGCCUCUGACAUUAUGGUGCUGUGUAAUUCAUUUCUUCCCACUGGUGGGGCAAUUCUUAGCGUCACGAUUUACCCAUCCGAAUUCGGUAAAGAGCGAAUUGCUGAAGAGGAAAUUAAGGGUCCGCAAGAGUUGACCGAAAAGAAACUGGAUGUCGAUUCGGAUGACGAGGAUGCAAGUGAUGGUGAGGCGAAAGAAGAUGAGAACGAGGAGGGAAGUAGUUACAAUAUGGAAAAACUGCGCCAAUACCAGCUGAAUCGGCUUAAGUAUUACUAUGCGGUGAUCGAAUGUAAUUCAGUUGCAGCAGCUGACAAAUUGUACAAAGAAUGCGACGGGCUGGAAUAUGAAAGCACCGCCACAAAGCUAGAUCUUAGAUUUAUUCCGGACGAAAUGACCUUUGAUGAUGAACCGAAGGAUGUGUGUACUGAACUUCCAGACAUGAGCAAAUACACGCCAAGAUUAUUUACGACAACUGCAUUGCAACAAGCCAAGGUCGUUCUUACCUGGGAUGAGAAUAACGUUGAAAGGAAGGAAUUGAACGAGAAAUUAGUGUCUGGAAAGUUGGACGGUGUGGGCGAUCAAGAAUUACGUAAAUAUGUGGCCUACAGCAGUGAAGAUGAGUCCGAGGAGGAAGAGAAAGUUGUAAAAAAGAAACGAAAAAUGGAUGACAGUACCGUUGGAGAUUCGAAAACAGACUCGAUAUCGAAGUACAAAGCCCUUCUCAAUGACAUUAAUGCCAAGGAAAAGCAGAAAAAGGACAGUCGCAUUGAAAUGGAAUUCUCUUGGGGCAUUGGCGUUAAGAAUAAACCGGAAAAGAGUGACGUCGAUACAGCAGAUAACAAGGCGGACAUCAAUCAUUUCGACAAGAUAUUGGAAUUGAAAAAGGAAAAGAAGAAGGCGCGCAAAGAGGAGAAAAAGAAGUUGCGUAAAAAACAUCGAAAUGGAGGCGAAUCGGAUGACGUUCCGGAAAGUUCGGACGAUGAUUUACCGGAUGGAAUUGACUUGAACGAUCCUUAUUUCGCGGAAGAGUUUGCUGAUGGAGAUUUUGCGGAACCGGCUCAACGAAAGAGCACAACCAAAGGAAAAGGAAAGAAAAAUACGACUGCGGAUAGUAACAAUGAUGAUGAGGAGCAGAAAGCGGCUGAGCUGGCUCUUCUCUUGGACGAAGGAGUGGAGAAAAAAGGCCACUUUAGUCUGAAGAAAAUUCAAGACACCGAAAACGAAUCAAAAACGAAGAAACGAAAGAAAAAUCGCAAGAAACGAGAUGCCGACGCUGACAAGGCACUGCUCGACGAUGACUUCAAAAUCAAUACGAAAGAUGAUCGGUUUUCGGCUGUUUAUUCAUCACAUUUGUACAACAUUGAUCCAACUGAUUCGAAUUUCAAGAAGACGAAGGGAAUGCUGGAAUUGAUCGAUGAGAAGCUGCAUCGAACGGCUAGUGGCGAUUCUAGUGGCUCGUCGAAUACUGUGAAACCAAAAAAAGAUGUGGCCGUGUCGAUGCUAGUCAAGAGCAUCAAAAGAAAAACUGCAGGAAAAGUUUGACAAAGAAACGAGUAAGUUACUGUUGUACGGGAUCGAUGGGAACAGAAAAAUAAAAUUUUUAUCAAAAAAUCAAUUUUUUGCUUUGAAAAAUGAAAGGAUUAUGACUCAAUAACGACCACAAAUCUAGUACGAGUUACGAGUGUCUAAAGCCUCGUCUAUCGUUGCAAACUCAUUCGUUUCAACAAAAUU